AUGGAUCGCCUUUUGAAAGACCGAAAGCCUGUUUUCUGGCAAACGGAGUUGGAACUUGAUGUGGCAGGUCGAUCUAAACCUGUGGAUGAUGGGCUGAUGAUAAGUGUCUUGAGGUGGAUGAUGAAUAAAACUAUGGAAGAAAGUUUUGAAAAGAUAAGCAGUAUGUUUGGUGGGUAUGAAACAAGGCUCAAGGCUGUGGAAUCGUUUGUGAACUCUCAGGGAUGGAAUGAUAGGGAUUAUAUUGGUUUUGAUGAUUAUCGUCCUCGAUCUAGGUUUUGGACUCAUGGUGAUUGCUCUCGUGGUGGUGGUGGACAGAAGGAUCCAUUAGAGAAGGAUCUGAAGACUGGACUAGAGAAUGAUCCAUCUAAGAAGGAUCCAUCUGAGAAGGAUCUAUCUGAUAAGGAUCCAGAGAAGGAUUCAUCUGAGAAAGAUCCAGACAGUGGAGUGGAGAAGGAGACACAGGUAGAAGCUGAAGUGGAGAAAGAAGUCGAGGCAACUGAAGUGGAGGGGAGUGAAAUGAAGAAGGAGCCAGAGGAAGAAGAACACGAUGAAGUUGUUUGUGGGAAGAGGAUUAAGAAGAAAUCAGCAGCACUAAAGACUCCUUUCAUGGAGCCACCAAAGAAGAGGAAGAAGAAUUGA